UAACUCUCAAUGUCGGACUGUCCUUCGUAUUUGAUAGCACGGUGUUAGAAGGUGCAUUUGUGUUGGUAUCGUUCAUGUUCCGUUCGUUACCCGGAGAAGUAAUUAUCCCGGAACGAACAGUCAGCCUUCACUGUUUCAAGAGUUUAUGUCCGGCCAACCUGCCAGUGACGGGCAGUGAGUGCCGCAACUAAGUUGACGGAAGUAUUUGCUCGUGUCAGCUAUUAAUGAAUGAUUCUUGUUUGGGACUAUCCAGAAUGUGAUCAGGACUCUUUUAACGACUGCACAUGCAAAAGAUAAGUUUUACGUGGAAACUAUUACUUCUGAGCCAUGGGUCACGUCAAAUGCGUCUGUAUAAAACUUGUGGUCAGCUGUUGAAUGUAAUGUUGAUCUAGGGGGAUACUUUGAAACAAAAAAACAUCACAACGUUUCAUCAUUGUUCCACAGGGUUGACACUCUGCUAGCAAUCUUGCAUGUCUCGUGUCAAAUCAACACAUAUCCCUUCAGUAGAAGAGAGUGUAAUAAGAAACAAAAUGUCCAAGAAAAGUGUGAGAAGAAUGUUGCAUUUGUGUCGCAGGACUUCAGAAACUCUGAACAAUGAGGAAAUAAGCUUGCUAAGUGAAGAACUUCAGAACUUACUUGACAGUACAAAAAUUGACCUAAAUCAUCCAAGAAACAAGGGUUCUCUUCCCCUGUGUGAAGCUUGUCGAUCUGGGAAUGAGUGGGCUGUUGAUGUGUUGCUACUGAGUGGUGCUGAUGUCAAUGUUUGUGAUAAGAACAAGUGUACGCCAGUAUAUAUUGCAGCUUCCCAUGGGCAUAAAGCCAUCCUACAGAAACUUCUAGACAGAAAAGCUGAUGUCAAUGUGAAAAACUUGCAAGGUUACCUCCCCUUGCUGUCAGCAGUUGAGAACAACCACAAAGACACAGCGCAGAUGCUUGUUGACGCUGGUGCUGAUGUCAACAUCCUCCGACCUAACACGUUCGGAAUAUCAAUGUCGCUAAUGACCUUUGUCCUGUUUGCCAAAAGCGAUAUUCCUUUUGCUGAACAGCUGUUGGAGGCAGGAGUUUGUCCUCAUUCCUUUGAAAAGCCUUUGAACUUUAUCCUUCUGGAAUAUGGUGAUGACUGUCGAGAGUUUAUCAAGAAGCUGGUCUAUGCAGGUUUUGACUUUUAUUGCGAUGGAUGGAUUAAGAUGGCAAAACACAAAAUUGUGGCUGAACUUGCUGAAGUGAGUGACAACGAAAAAGAUAUGAUAAAGUUUCUGGAAUAUGAGUUUCGCAAUCCUAGAAGUUUAGAAAGACUUUGUCGCACUGUGGUUCGCAGUUCUCUCGCAAUGUCGCAUAAGAAAUGCCACAUCCGGACGAAGGUGCAGCAGCUGCCGUUACCAACUGAGGUGAAGAAGUUUGUGAUGCUGCAGUAUCUCUGAUGUAAUGUCAUGAGUACACAUAUUCUACAACAUGACCGUUAUUUGUUAAGUGAAUGACAAGAAUAAAAAUACUAUUUUCAAUU